UUUUCACACACUCACACACUCACUCACUCACUUGUCACUCGCUCACCUUCGUCUUGGCGACCUAGCACUUAGUCGCUGUGAGUCGAUUUCGACAGAGUAAUCUUUCCUCGCUGCAUACCAACUCAAUGCAUUACAUUCGCCUCCUCCGAGCACCGAAGCUCACUUACGAGAAAGGCAGAAAGCACCCCUGGUCGUUCAACAUUGUCCUUACCGUCACCACCGACCUCGGCGACUCCUUCCUGAGUCCCGACGACAAUGAACCCGUCAAGAUUAACAUCACCGCUGGCUGGGAGAAGUCUUCAGGCCAACAUGAACACACCACUGGCUCCAUAGUUCAGGCCGCGGAAAAGACUAUGCGCUGGACCCCCGGCAUGCGCGUCCUCAAGACCGACGUCCCUGUCCAACACAUCGCGGGCCCAUCUCUCUCAAGCCCCGGCCCCGGCUCAGGCCCCCUGAGGGUUUUCGUGCGCGCGGCCGGGAGCAAGUCGGCUGAGCUGGCGACCGACGUCGCCUUGGCCGGAUUCGAGGGGGACUGCGGCAAGAUUAUGCCAGUAUGGGCCGAUGUGCAGAUGCCAGGUUCCGACGAGGCGCCCACGACGUGUGUGAGGAGGCUGGGGCACGGCGAGCGCAAGUCGGAGCCCUUCAUCGAGAUCGAAGAGGACAUUGGCGAGAGCAUCGCGCGGCACAUCUGGGAUGCCGGGCUCAUGGCCGUCUCGCGGGUCUGGCUGGCCAACGACGCGGAGGCCCACGGCGCCGAAAGGCAUCACUGGCGCAUGGACGCCUUCCACGAGCUGCUAUUCCGGGGAGGGCCGCUCAACGUCCUCGAGCUCGGGUGCGGCGUUGGGAUCCUCGGAAAUGGCCUGGCGCAGGCCAUGACCAGGACGGACCCGGAGGGCGCGAGCAACAUUCUCAUGACCGACCUCCCCGAGGCGGAGCAGCGCGCGAAAGCCAACAUCGCACGCCUGGCGAGGGCGGGGACGGCGUCCAUCCACCCUGAAUACGAGAAUCUUGACUGGGACGACGGCCGCAGGGGCGACCUCGGCGCGCUCGUGAAAGCCAGGUCGUGGCACCUCGUUGUCAUGAGCGACUGCACCUACAACGUCGACGUGCUCCCCUCGCUUAUCAACACCUGGACGGCGAUCCACGUGCACAACCUCUCCCUGCACAGCUCCGACAGCGGCGGAGGCCCCAUGCCGCCGCCGACUACGUACGUCUACGUGGCGUGGAAGAAGCGGCACCCGGACGAAAACGAGUUCUGGCACCUCGUCGAGGACGCCGGCUGGAUCCUGCGUGAGGAGGACAUCGUCGACCUGCCAGUGCUCGGCGGCGAGACGGAGCGCAUCUUCUCGUACCUGUUCGAGACGCGCUCGCAAAAGUACGAGAGGGGGACCGAGACGGGGACCUGGAGGUGUCUCGACAACGCCUACUCGAAACCCUCGUUUGAGCAGCUGAUUGGGCGGUUCCCGGGCGAGGCGCAGAGGGUUUACCCGGAUCGGUUCGCGGAGUAUCAGGCGGCGGCAAAGUAGGCAAAUCAACGCACAUCGUUGGGGAGAAGCAGAAACUCGCCCUCUCAUCAUCACUUGACGCCGCAACGCCCCCAAGCCGGGAACCGUCACAUCCAGUCCUCGGCUUUCUGGGUGCUUGGAUUGAUAAGACUGGACGAAGAACUGCAGACGGAUGUCGCUCCCAGGACUCGCGCGAUCAAACAUGGGUUUCUUAGUACGGACCGAUCAACUCGGGGCAGGCUAUUGACCGAAAUGUUUCGCUCGAUCUGAUGCUAAGGGCUUGACCAUCCGUCU